CUGUGUGUAGGUGAUUAGGCAGCAGAGCUUAGUCAAAGUGUUGCAUCCUGCACUCUACUCCUGCAUUCCGUGCAAUCAGCCCUCAUGGGAUAUGUUUUGAUGUCAUUUUUGUUGCCUUUGCCAGGCUGAUGAUGUUUAGUAUAGUUUUGCUGAUGAAUCUGCAGGUUUCUCGCUUAAACUGAUCUGUAGAAGUAGAAGCGUUAUGAGGUUUUGGCCACUGCUGCUGCUGCUGUUUGCUGAGUCCUUCCAGGGAGUGACGUCUCAGCUGCCUGAAUGGACUGAAGUGGAAGUUGAGACAGGAUGGAUUCCCCAAACAGAUUUCCUAGAUGACACAUACUGGUCUGGUUCAGCACCUAUUUGUGUGGGAGGCUGUAGAGCGCGGCACCAGGAGCUGAAGAGAGAUCCCUGUGGAGAUUCAAGCUGCUGCUGGUUGGGCUUCAAGUCCAUGUGCAGAGUGAACUGUGGGAGGCCGGAUGUGGACUAUAACGGCGUAGUGUACGGUAACGACUGGUGGGUGGGCUCAGUGGUGAGGUACACCUGUCGCUCUGGCUUCAUGCUGGUGGGAAACUCUACCAGAUUUUGCCAGUCUAAUGGCCUCUGGACUCCAAAGCCUUCAUGCCUCAGAAUGUGUCAGCGAGGGCGCAUUGAAGUCAGUGAGAGGGAACUAAAUGGCACCUGUAACUCCACCUGCAUGUUUAAAAGCUAUAUGGGUCCACCCAAACAAGGCUGCACACGCAUAGACAACUGUAGGAAGAAGGAGACCGGCUGGAAGAGGUUCUUUGCACAGUGUGUCCCCUGCAUUUGUGACUGUGCUCGCUCUUGUGCAUCUGCGGGCUAAGACAUGGAGAAAUGAACUACACUGUUCAGUUUAAUGGACAAAUCAGUUGAACAUCAGAUUUCCUUUCCUUUUCCUGCUUUAUCUAAAGGAUUUGACAAUAAGGUUUCAGUACCCCAGGUUUACCUAUUCAUCACUUAGAGUCAAUGAUAGUGACAAUGAGUAUAAAAGUGAACUGGAAAAGUGAAAGGGGAGAAUAGAGAGAGCGAGAGAGAGAGAGAGAGAGAAAGAGAGAGAGAGAGAGAGAGAGAGAGAGAGAGAGAGAGAGAGAGAGAGAGAGAGAGAGAGAGAGAGAGAGAGAGAGGAGUAUAAUCACACAGAUUAGCGUCUCUUUUCACAGUCAACAUCCUGGAGGAGCUGAAACCUUAAUCCUGUUAUAAAGCAAGCCGGGUGUGGACAUGAAGAGUAUUGUAUAGACCUUAUAAACAGACUGUCUUAAUAGAGAAAAUACUUUAAUAAAACACCACAUAUACUCUAUUUUGUUAAUCAAAGCUUUAUUUGCAUAUAGAUGGUUAAUACAAAAUGAUGAUCUAAUACAGUAGUAGUAUAAAACAGUGAUGAUUGGAGAGAAAUCAUUAAAAAAAAUCCUAUUAUUUGUGUGCUUUUUAUUCAUUGUUGUAUUUACUCCAGAUACAUUAAUUAUUACAUUGCAAUUCACUGCUGAAUGUUAACAAUCUAAUUCCUGUCAGCGUCACUGUGAUUAUUUGCUUGUAUUUUUCUAUAAAGUGAAGUUUAUAUGAACAAACCAACAUUUUGGUUGUGUGUUGAUCCUUAAAGCCACUAGAUCCUGCUGUUCUGAUUGUUAUCAUAUGUCAGGUCACAACAUUUAGCACAAUUUUUCACCUAAUAGGAAC